AGUGUUUACGUCCUGAACUUUUGACCAAUCACAGCUCCGCUCACUCAGAUGGCGUACAACGCAUGCGACACGGGCAGCAACAUGCGGGACGGAUUGUGGUGGCUGUAGUCAACGUGUGAAAUGAGAAACCGGUGAUUUAUAUCGUGUUUGUUUAUUAAAAAUAUUCUGCUUUUGGAGGUUCCGRUUAUCAUUAUGGCGAACACACCCCUGCAGUUCAAAACGAAUUACGCUGUUUCCAGCAAAAUUGAGCCGUUUUACAAAGGAGGGAAAGUGCAGAUCAGCAAAGAUGAGAAGUACAUUUUCUGCACAUGUGGAUCCCGUGUCAAUGUUUUGGAGAUCAGCACUGGCAAGAUCGUCCACUGUGUGGAACAUGAUGAUCAAGAGGAUAUCACAUCAUUUGCAGUGAGCUGUGAUGAUGAGCUGCUGGUGACAGCCAGCAGAGCUUUGCUGCUGAAGCAGUGGGACUGGAGGCAGGGUACCUGCACUCGCUCCUGGAAGGCCAUUCAUACCAUCCCUGUGGCCAGCAUGACCUUUGACCCCAGCUCCACCCUACUUGCCACAGUCUACCAGCUGCCCAGUCUCACCACACAGCAGCAAUUUGUGGGUUACAACGACGAGGUGCUGGACGUGAAGUUCCUGGGUAAAGACGACACUCACAUCGUGGUGGCCACUAACAGCUGUCAGCUGAAGGUCUUCCAGCUGCUCACCAACAGCUGCCAGAUUCUCUACGGGCACACAGAUACUGUCCUCACUCUGGAUGUGUUCAAAAAAGGCUCUCUAUUUGCAAGCUGUGCAAAGGACCGGUCAGUGCGUGUCUGGCAGCUGGACAGCGACAACGGUCAGGUUCGAUGUGUAGCUCAGGGAUCCAGCCACACUAAUGCUGUCGGCUCCAUAGGCUGCUCCAGGUCUCCCSUCAGCGGCUCAGACGGUUUAGUGAAGCUGUGGACCAUAAAGACCAAUGAGUGCGUGAAGACAUUGGACGCCCACCAGGACAAAGUGUGGGGUCUCCACGGCAGCCGUAAGGAUGACARGAUGGUCACAGGCUCAGCAGACUCAAACAUCACAGUGUGGCUGGAUGUGACUAAAGUGGAGCUGGCAGAGGAACAAGCCAAACAAGAGGACCAGAUAAUGAAGCAGCAGGAGUUGUCCAACCUGUUGCACGAGAAGAAAUACCUGAAGGCCCUGGGUCUCGCCAUCUCGCUGGACCAGCCUCACACGGUGCUCACUGUCAUCAAAGGUAGUCAGGUUGACCUUAACUUGUGUUUUCAACCUUCAUUCUGUUUUCCUCCUACACAAAGUAAACACAUAAAAUGUCUUUGUCGUAUUUGCACUGCGCUGCUUUUAUUUUCCGUCUGUCACGAAUGCGACGGGGAUAGAGAGCAAGAAGAGGAGUCUGGUUUUGUGGUGAAAGAUGAAGAGGAGGCCGAAGAAAUCAGCGCCUCGAAGAAAGCCUCCGCUAACGACGCACGGGAGAAAAAGGGGGAAACCAACGGGCGCCGCCAGUCAGAGAGCGAGGAGAGCUCAGAGGGGGAAGAGGAGGAYGAUCAUGUAGUGCAAGUGAUGCAAAAUCUCCCGAUUUCAUCCGCUCCCCGACUCCAGGCUUUAAGCUAACAGGAUCAAUAAGUUCGCCUCUAGAAGGAAACCUCCCGAGGUUUAACUCUGCAGAUCAUUAGCUGACUGACUGACUGACUGACUGCGGCUGUCAGGGAAACAAAGGGGGAAUUGAUGCGAAGCAGAUAACAGGUUUCACUGUAACCAUUUCUGUGCUGCCUGAGYCCCUAAUCAGUUCCKCUAUGCAGGUUUUAGACGGGAAACAAAACGACCGAAUCAUCCUGAUUUCAUUUCACGUAACAUCAAGGAGGCCUUGGAGAGGAAGAACUGAUUGCAUAAGCGUCUAGGCCGUGUGCCAGGGCGAUUUUUCUUAAAGCCGACUCUAAUUAGAAGGUAUGCAGCAGUGCAUAGCGCCUGUUUACAGGAUUAUAAACUUGCAGCUUCCUCAUGUAACCUGCAAAGGAACAGUCAAACAUAUUUCUAACGUAGUGACUCAUAUGUUUAUAAAUAAAUCUCUUCUAUGGGCCUAUUUUGUAAAGGUUUUGAACUAAAUAUUGACUUUUUA